AUUUCAAACAUUAUUGGGGACAGAAUAAUCUCGGGAAAUCUCGGAUUAGUCAGAACAUUGUCAAUUGAGGCAAACCCGUCCAGAACCACCAACUCCCCAAAACAAGGCAAACCCGUCCAGAACCACCAACUCCCCAAAACAAGGCAAACCCGUCCAGAACCACCAACUCCCCAAAACAAGGCAAACCCAUCCAGAACCACCAACUCCCCAAAACAAGGCAAACCCGUCCAGAACCACCAACUCCCCAAAACAAGGCAAACCCGUCCAGAACCACCAACUCCCCAAAAACAAACUCAGCCAGUAUUACCCAGCCACAGCAUCUAUAAACUAACGAAUUUCCACUUCCUCGUGCAUUGAAGUCACUUGGGAGGCGAAGUGAACAUUUGAUUUAAGUGGGAAUUAGGAUUUGCCGUUAAGUGAAAACCUGAGCAUCCAAAACAUGCUUCAAACAGACUCGGAGUUCACUAAAACGCGAUGGAUCUGUACCGUCAUCGGACUGGGCUUUUACCUGGUGGACAUUGUGACAGACGUUGGACUAGCAGUGAAGUACUUCCUGGUUGGAAACCUGGUCUGGGCUGGGCUGACUUUACUGUUUGUGGUGGUUGGCUCAGCAGCCACACAGGUCUUCAGCUACACCUGGUACAGAGAUGACACGAGGAACCCACUGGUUAAUCCUGGUGGAGACAAGCUGAUAUCUGGGAUGAACAGAGGAAGACUGAUUGGACUCCAUGUUUUGCAGAUGGGUAUCUUCACCAGGUACUACCACCUGUUGAAGGCAGGAUACAUGGCGGUGUGGUUCAAGUCACCUGGGACUGCUGAAUUCUCCAGAGAGGUCCACUUGGUCCUGUUUGGUCGGGCGACCGAUCUGAGCAUGCUCAAACUGUUUGAGACGUUCCUGGAGAGUGUCCCUCAGCUCCUCUUCCAGAUGUAUAUCCUGCUGGGCCAUGGACACAAGUCCACAAUACAAUGCAUCUGCAUGGUGGGCUCAUUCAUCAACAUCGCCUGGGCUAUAGUGGACUACCGCCGGUGUCUCCGUCGAUCCUUACCCCAGGUCCGAGAGAUGCCUUCUGGCCUCCCUACAUUCGUCUACCUCCUAUACAAGCUGUUGACCAUCACCGCUCACAUCCUCAGCCUCAGCCUCUUCCUCGUCCUCAGCCCCUACAGUACCCUGGGAAUGGCUGUCGUCUGGCUGGCCGGAACCCUCUGGGCCCAUUGGGUCCGUACUGACUUCUGCACGUCUAAAGGUCUAGAGAGGCUCUAUCGGAUCAUCGUGGGAGUCGUCCUCAUAUUCACCUUCUUUAACGUGAAAGGACAGGAUACCAGAUGGCAGAUGGCUGUGUACUACGUUCUCUUUGCGUUUGUGAACCUCUCUGGUCCUUUGCUGCUGGUUCUGGUGAGGCCAGAGGUUAACGCUGCUGAGUACUUUUGGCCGGUGACUCUGCUGAUAUUUGGAGGGACCGUUCUAGGGCUGGCUUAUCUGCUUCUGUAUUAUACUGUCUAUCACCCCAGAGGGAGGAGUCUACAGGCAGAUGAGGUGGAUGGACACAUGGGACAGGAGAGAGAACCAGAUACAAUGCUGAGAAUGAGGAACUUCCUACAGCUCUGAGGCUCACCUUCCUAUUCGCCACAUAUUCAUAUGGAGGAGUUAAAAGGACAAUCAGGCAUUUGAAAAACAACAAAGGUGUCACCCAGACACGUUGUUUUGUUAAACAGCUAAGGGGGAUGAGUUGGAGAAAUGUAACUGCUGAGACAAACUCUGGUUGGUGGACUGUCUAGUUGGUGGACUGUCUAGUUGGUGGACUGUCUGGUUGGUGGACUGUCUAGUUGGUGGACUGUCUGGUUGGUGGACUGUCUGGUUGGUGGACUGUCUGGUUGGUGGACUGUCUGGUUGGUGGACUGUCUAGUUGGUGGACUGUCUAGUUGGUGGACUGUCUGGUUGGUGGACUGUCUAUUUGGUGGACUGUCUGGUUGGUGGACUGUCUAGUUGGUGGACAAUCUAGUUGGUGGACUGUCUAGCUGGUGGACUGUCUAUUUGGUGGACUGUCUAGUUGGUUGGCUGUCUAGUUGGUGGACAGUCUAGUUGGUGGACAGUUUAGUUGGUGGACUGUCUAUUUGGUGGACUGUCUAGUUGUGGACUGUCUAUUUGGUGGACAGUCUAGUUAGUGGACUGUCUAGUUGGUGGACAGUCUAGUUGGUGGACUGUCUAGUUGGUGGACAGUCUAGUUGGUGGACUGUCUAGUUGGUGGGCUGUCUAUUUGGUGGACUGUCUAUUUGGUGGACUGUCUAGUUGGUGGACAGUCUAUUU